AUGGCCAAAGUUUCUUCACUUUUCCCCCUGGAACAGACCUACUAUCAGUCUCUGCUGCAGAGGUCCAAAAUGUAUUUUCCGGCUCAAGAUGUCAUGCUGCAAAGCCUCAAUACUGUUACCAUUUCCAAGCUGGAAUAUGAGAAUCUACUCCAAGCGUCGUAUCAAUUUGCAAAACUAAAGGGAUCGCUUCUGAACGGGGGUCUGUCACAAGAAACUCUUGAUAUAUUGAUCUACGGUGCGCAAGCACAACCGAAGCCCUCGUCUCAGAACAACGACCAGAAUAACGAGAACGCUGCUCCACGACACACUGAAUCUAAUGAACAUACCAACGUUUCGACUCCUGCAAAGACUGCGGUUCAUACUCACAAGUAUCAGGACGACAAAGACACGAUCAAUGACUACAAAGUACCUGGUGGCUUUGGCGAUUGCGAAUAUGAUGAUGAGGAGGAGGAGGAGGAUGGCGUCAUUGUCUCGCCAAAUAGCGAAGGGAAAGUUUAUUCUGAGGAUACCUCGAAGGGCGAACAAUCUUCUACUGGUCAGCGAACUGUUUUGAUUCGUAACCUACCAGACCGGGUCACUCAUGAAGACAUCACCGACGCCGUGAGAGGCGGUGCUCUUCUACAUAUCUACCUUCGAGCUCGCGACCAUUUUGCAAAUAUAUCUUUCGUUGACGAGGGUGCGGCGUACGCCUUUCUGCGUCACACCAAGAUUCACGGCCUUCAUGUGGCUGGUAAGCGCGUGGAUACAGCGUGGAGUGACCGUCAAUUCUAUCUUCCUUCAUAUGUCAGAGCCAAAAUCAACGGAGGGGCUUCCCGGGUCCUGGUCAUCAACAACGUCAGCCCAUUUAUCACGGAAGAGUUGAUUCGGAGAGACCUUGACCAUAUCCAUAAUCUCAUUGUCAUCUCCGUCAAAUUCCAUCAUGGCAAUGCAUACAUCUCAACGAACUCCGUCCACAACACUCUUUUUGCACGUACGUGUAUGAUGUCCCGCCGCACGUACAAGGGGAUGCGCAUUGCCUUUUACCCAGAUGAGUGCGCCGAACCACUGGCCAAGAUCACGCCAAAGAAGGACAUGCAUCCAGCACCAAAUAAACCAGUUUCACGUCCAAACCGCUUCCAGCUUCUCUCCCUUGAUGGGACCGAGAACGAAGAGGAGGAUGGGACCGAGAACGAAGAGGAUGAUUACGAGAACAUCCACGAUGGCUUGGACAGCCAUUCUUCGGUGAAUGGCGGUGUCUGCUGGGCAGACAGGAUCUGA